GUUCUCUGGUGAUCCAUUCGAGGAUAAAAGGGCCUGCGCGUCCCAUCUUCCGCCAAAGCCACCUUUCUUGAAGCAAGACACCAUGGCCAGCCAGUCUCAGGGGGUCCAACAGCUCCUGCAGGCGGAAAAAAGGGCCAAGGAGAAGCUAGAUGAAGCAAAGAAAAGUAAAGGCACAUACAGUCGAAAAGCAAAGAGGCUAAGACAAGCUAAGGAAGAAGCCGUGGCGGAGACGGACCAGUACAGAAUGCAGAGGGAGAAGGACUUCCGCCUGAAGCAGUCCAAGAUGAUGGGCUCUCAGAGCCACCUCUCGGAUGAAAUAGAAGAGCAAACACUAGAGAAGAUAAAAGAAUUGAACGGGAGCUACAACAAGUGUAUGGAAAGUGUGAUAAAGCAGCUGUUGAGCAUGGUGUGUGACAUGAAAGCAGAAGUCCACGUGAACUACAGAGCCACCAACUGAGUGCGCUGCACACUUCCAUAUCCACAGAGACAGAGUGGGGAGCAUGUUCUGUUAAUAUUAAGGGACCGCAACUGUGCACCUGAAGUUUUCUACAAAUGUUCAAUGUCACGUAUUUCAUGCAUGACAAAGAAUUAGAAAAAUAAGUAGCAAGGUGUCAUUCUCCUGGCAAUGUAUGAUGGUGCCUAUUAUGAAGCAAGUUAAGGAAAGGGAGGAGCUUGAGUUUUAACACUAAAAUGGCAAAC